AUGGCAAUGAACGACGCGACGAACCUCGUCUCCGAGCUGCUGGAUAAGCUCUCGGAGCUUGAGCAAAAAGUGGAACACCACCGUCAAGACAUGGCACACGAAUUCCAGAAGUACUCGCGAGACCUAUUACAAAAUGUCUCUGGCGAUGUGUCGGCUCAAGUCGAGCAGGCUAUAAAGGAUUCAAUGCACAAAUAUCCCGCCCUCAAGCCUGGCCUGGACCAGAACAACCCUAUCAGCAAUGAGUCACCGUCCAGGCAGAGCCAGGGGCCGCGCCUCAGCCAGAUCAACACGGGCAAUGACAGGGACCGCAGAACAGAAGGCUACCAUGCUCAAUCCAAGGGAGGCAAGGCUUCACCGCCGCCGCUGCUGCCUCACACCUCGGGCACACCCCCGGAUGCCAAAAUUGAGAUCGAGGAUGGCGCACGCAGCCCUCACGAGCGUGAGAAAGAGUUCCAGGGUUUGUUUACACCGAGUUACUUGCCUUUGCUUGAAAGCCGAGAUAGAAACUUGUCGCCUGUCAAUCGCAAUCCGCCGCCUGCACCCGCACCUGUACCUGUGCUCAGUUUAUCCACCGCAUUGCCUUCGUCUUCAGACCGAACUAAAGAGCUAACGAAGAACUCCGCCAAAGCUGAGCAGCCACCGCCACCUGCCGUACCGGUGUCUAUAUCUGUCUUGCGACCUCAUCCGAUCAGACGACCUACCGACGAAGACACCAUCUCAUCUACCACAUCCGAUGACAGCAACAGCACUCGCAAGCCAUAUCGCCGAAGCGCACUGCGCCGUUCCUCGAGUUCAUCUAUAAAAACAGAAAGCCCCCGCCGUGUGCGCUUCGAGGUUGAAGGCGGAGAGGUUCUUCCUACUGCAUCACCGCCAUUGUCUCCUCGCGUUGCUGAGCACCACACUUUGUCUCCCCUUGCGAACACUACCAAUCUCCUGAACUCUUUGGUUGAGAAGGAACCGGUAGAGACGGCAGAGGUAGACGAAGAGGGUACCCUCCUGGGAAGUUCCCCGCCGACGAUGCCUAGAAAGGUCAGUUCAACCGACCGACUCAAAGCCAUGGCUCGAAGCUCCAGCGAAGACACUUCAAACUGGGCUAUGGUCGGUAAUCUGCAGGACAUGGACGAAGACGAGGAAGUUUUGGUCAUGGGAACUCGGAAAAAGUCCAACGCUGCUCCCGUCCCGACUGCUGAUGGUCGCGCACAGGACACGGCCCAGCACACGCUACCUGAGACUUCUGGUGUUACUGUGGAAUACGUUGAGGAUACGAAAUCUGAGGAUCAAGAACAAGAGUCCUUUGAUGAAGAGGACGAGGAUUUGCUCGAGAUGCCUGCUUUGACGUCCUUCAAAACUAGGAAAAGGUUCUCACCACCACACUCAGAUACCGCCUCCGAUGGCCGCUCAAAAGCUUCCCAAAGUGUUUUAACUUCCAACAACACAACCGAGAGAGCGCCUCAAAAGACACGCGAUUCACCUAGCAGCGGCCCCCGCGUAGCCGCCCCCGAUGAUGACGAGCUUUUCGAAUGGGAAGCCGAUGAGGGCGAUGAUGAUAACAUAGUUCAAAAGAAGGGCGAGGAGAAAAACGUACAGCCUCAGAAAUACAUUGAGGAGGUGGAUGACGACGAAGUGGAGGAAGAGUCUAUCACGCCUGAUGCCCAAGGAAAUGCAGGCUCCAAACUCUCGACCUCCCCAGGAAUUGCAAUUACUCGACCCACACCUGCCCCAGCAACUGGACCUACUCGACAUACCAAGGAAGCCGUGGGGUCCUAUAAUGGGCGGCCUUUCACGAUAUCCAGCGUUAAGGACCAGUCGAUACUUGAGAAAGCUGCGAAGAUGGGUGAUGUCUAUUCUUUCGUUGGCAGUGUCGAUGGUCGAAGUGGUGUGGACGAGUCGAUGAGCUACCGGCCCGACGUGACGACAUUCACUGGAACGCCGAAGAGUUUUAGUCAACGAUUUAUGAUGGAGGAGUUUGAGGAGUCGCAACGAAAAUCACCGACCAAUGGUGCGAGAGGCUGA